AUAAAAAAGGGAUGAAAAAUGGAACGACAACUACCGAUUCGCACAACAGAAAAAAGGUCGUUGUGGCGACCGAUGGCGACGCCGGCCGCCAGCGGCAGUGGGACGGCGAAGGCCGUGGUGGCGGAGCAGAUCUCGCAGGCGGUGCAGUCCACCUCCAACCUCCUCCACCUCAUGCAACAAUCUUCUCCUGCCCAGGCACAACUCAUUAAGCUUCCCAAGAAUCUUUUGGCAAAGGUUUCCACCAUCAAGAACACAGAACAGGUUUUAGAGCAGAUGCCAAGGGUAAUAUCAUCUCUGGAUGCAUACAUGGAAAAUGGGUUGCAAAAUGUUCCACAUCUGAAGACCGUGGUUCAGUUACUAGCAAAUAUGGAAAGUAGCCAGCUUAGUACGUUGUCCCGAACCAAUCCUCUCGAGAAGGAACUUGAAUCAGGAAACCAAUCUGAAGGGAGAGAUUAAUAGAACUUAUGUUGCUUGGGAAGUUCACCUCAGAAUCUGAUCGUUUCUUGAAGAAUUAGUGGAAGUUUUAGACUGAUCAUCCGUCCUUAAUUUCAUCAUACAAGCUGUAUAUCUUCUUGGAGUCUUCCUGGUAAUCAAAUAACAAAUGAUGUUCCAUCUUCUGAUGAACUGGAGGAAGCUUUAAUGCUUAAGUCAAUGUGCCCAAAUUUCAGAUCUCACCCUUGUCCAAGGAAUUCAAGGUUAGACUAUUAAUUGUUGAUUAACGAUUGUUUCCGUGUAAUGUAUGUGUACACAUUUUUGGCUUGUAAUUUUUGUUUUACAUCUUUGACAAAUCCAAAUUUUGCCAAAUGUUCAAAGUGAUGCAUCUUUUUAUUCUCUUCAUUUAAACUACUGUAUUCUAGUUUUCUUACUA